AAAGGCAAACAUGAAGCAAGAGGGACGAGCCACUCACAAUGGAUGAGUUUGCGGGGGAAGCGGACGUCAUUUCGGCAUCAUAAGAUGAAUCUCCCGUGGUCAUCCACGUGAUCUCGAUGGGAAGGCCAAAUAAUACGCUCUCCAGAAACUCGAUCAAAUCUAAUAUCCUUCAUUUCCUACGCAUCUUCUGGUCUCAAUCGACUCGGUUCAGAAACUCCCAAUUUCAAUAUGGCCGUCCCUCGAGCCUCUGUUAACUUACUCCGCUGCGGUAUCCGUCCCCUUACCAGAGCGGCCCCAGUUGUCCAGGUCCGACAGCAAUCCGGCGUCAGCAGCGAUGGCGACAUCGGCGGCCCCGGAAGUCAGCAGACCCCACCACCCAACCCUGGCUUCCGUGAGACCCUCAACCGAAACUGGCGUUCGAUUGCAGGCGCAGGGCUGCUCGUUGUCGCCGCUCUGUCGUACAUGUCCUCCUCGAAGGGAAGAAGAGCUCCAUCGGAUGCGGACUUGAAGGCUGCUUCGUCUACGGAGAUUGGCAUGUCGCCAUCGCAGAAGAAGGUCUAGCACUAAGGGCGUCUAAGCAACUGCAGGUACAUGGUAAGUUGAGUGGAAGGAAAGGGUGAGAUGGAAUGGAAGAUUGUAUGCCUGAAUAUUAGCAUUUUACGGGCGCGAGUCGACUGCAGAAUGGUUUAUCUCCUCAGUGCCUAAGGACCUCCAAGAUGGUCAUGACAAGGGGAGCAGGUCAAUUGGAGCUCUCGUUAGUGACAAUACCUUAUCCUAUGCUAUCUUUCGCUUGCUGAGUAAGUAGAGUCAUAAUAAGACCUUCAUAGUCACGCUCACUCAGACCCCCGAUAGGAGGCGCUAAGUGUUAGGUGCAUGACACUGGGGGGUACAGCUUGAAGGUCAUUGGGCACUGAGGAAAUAAGUGGCCAGCCCCCGUUCAAAAUUCAAGUCUAUCCC